GUUAGAGUAAAUUCUAAUUAUAAGCAUAAUGUUUUUAACAGCAUUGUUCAGCUUAAAUGCCUUAUUGGCAUACAUUGCAACAUUAAUUGCAUUAUAUUUUUAUUUAACCAAAAACUUUAACUAUUGGAAAAAUCGUGGUAUUCCUGGACCAAAACCCAUGGUAAUAAUGGGCACAAUGUGGGAAAUGUUUACCAAGCCACUUCACGAAAUGGCUCGUGAUAACUAUAAAAAAUAUGGAAAAGUCUAUGGGGAAUUUGCUUUCUCUCGACCGAUACUAACGAUCGCCGACCCGGAGCUCAUCAAAGAUAUUACUAUUAAAGACUUUCAUAACUUUGUUGAACACACGGACAUGAAAUUAGGCGAUCCGUUGAACGACCGGUCGUUGUUUAAUCUGAUGGGAGACGAGUGGAAAGCGAUGCGAUCUGUGAUAAGUCCGACAUUUUCAUCGGGAAAGAUGCGAGCAAUGCAUCCACUGAUCAUCGAUUGUGUCCAUCGAUUGGACCAAUACUUGGAGACAAAGGCUAUAAAUGGGGAUGAAUUGGAUGUGAAGCGAGCGAUGGGUAACUUAUCUAUGGAUGUGAUCGCGUUGUGUGCUUUUGGCACUCAAAUAGACACUCAUAACGACACCAAAACCAACGAGUUUGUGGCCAACGCUCAGCAAGUUUUUCGUGGUAAUUGGCGGCAAUGGGCUGCAUUCCUAGCGGCCACAGCAUUCCCGAAAUUGACCGAAAAAAUAGGCUUUCAUACAAUAAAACCAUCAAAUGAAGCAUUUUUCCGAUCAGCGAUUUCAUCGAUUAUCUCCCGACGCAAAUCGGAGCGCAAUUCAGUCAAACACAGGGAUUAUCUGCAGCUUAUGAUUAACGCCCAGAAUAGGAGUGCAGACAAUAGUGAGGAUCAGGACAUCGAUGACCUCAACGAACACAUCUUCGGCAAAACCGAUGCUUUGAAAUACCAGAAGACGGCAAAUGUGGUCAUCACUGACGACGAUAUGUUGGCCACGAGUUUCCUAUUUCUUGUGGCCGGAUAUGAGACAACUGCCACUCUAUUGUUGUUUCUGACGUACGAGUUGUCACUCAAAGAUGACUGUCAGCAAAGACUAUACGAAGAGAUUAAAGCUUUUGACGGCAACUAUAGCUACGAAUCAAUCGCUCGAAUGCCGUAUUUGGAGGCCUGUAUUGCAGAGACGCUCAGACUUUAUAAUCCAAUUACGGCCACUAAUAGAAUAACUCUAGAUGACUAUAAGCUAGGCAAUACUGGAAUAACAAUUCCUAAGGGAACGUUUCUGAAUUUGGACAUUGAAAGCAUUCAUCACAGCCCCGAGUAUUACCCGAAUCCCGAUGUUUGGGAUCCCGAAAGAUUUUUGCCUGAAAAUCGUGAUCAAUUAGUGCCCUACACUUACCUACCGUUCGGAACGGGACCCCGAAAUUGUGUGGGAAUGAGGUUUGCGUUAAUGGAGGCCAAGACUGCUGUCGCGCAUCUCAUCACUAAAUACCGAUUCAAACGUACGGCUAAUACAGCGGUUCCGCUAAAGUUCAAAAAGUUUGAGUUCCUCUUAACCCCCGAAUCCAUACAAAUUGGCGUUGAAAAGAGAUAA